AUGGGCAGAGUACCUGACGUAGAGGUCAAUGACGUGGGCACUGAAGUCUCCGGAGACACCUAUAUCGGCCUGAGAGAUGGCACCGCAAACGACGUGCAGGAUAUGAAGCGGAUGGGCAAGCAGCAGCAACUCCAACGUAACUUCAGUUUUCUAUCUAUAUUUGGCUUUUCCAUGAUCUUGAUGAGCACAUGGGAGAGUACUCUCGGUACUGCAGCCUUUGGUCUCGGAAAUGGAGGAACGGCCGGACUGAUCUAUGUCUACCUUGGUACUGUCAUUGGCUUCUCGCUGGUGAUAGCAUCAAUGGCUGAGAUGGCCUCAAUGGCACCCACGGCGGGUGGGCAGUAUCACUGGAUAUCCGAAUUCGCUCCUCGAAGUUCGCAGAAAUUCCUAUCGUAUUUCAUCGGCUGGCUUUGCGUGCUGGGAUGGCAGGCCGGUACGGCAUCCUCCUGUUUCCUGGCAGGAACUGAGAUUCAAGGCCUCGUGAUCCUAAAUUACGACAACUAUCACCCCGAACGAUGGCACGGAACCCUGAUGGCGAUAGCCGUUAUCGCGCUGUGUGCGCUGUUCAAUACUGUGCUAGCAAAGAGGCUCCCAUUGAUUGAAGGCGUUGUGCUCAUCCUGCACGUUGCCGGUUUCUUUGCCAUUUUAAUUCCACUGUGGAUUCUAGCUCCGCGAUCAUCUUCAAAGGACGUAUGGACUAAAGUGGAGGACGCGCAAGGAUGGGGGAGUAAAGGAUUGGCUAGUCUCGUUGGGAUAAUCACUCCCGUUGUAUCACUCCUUGGGGCUGAUGCUGCCACGCAUAUGUCCGAGGAGCUUAAGAAUGCGUCAAAGACGCUCCCUAAGGCGAUGUUGGCAACUGCCGUAUUCAAUGGUUCCCUAGGUAUCAUAAUGGUCAUCACUUUUUGCUAUACUAUUGGCGAUGUCGAUAGCGUUCUAAAAACGCCAACCGGGUAUCCCUUCAUCCAGGUCUUUUAUAAUGCUACCAUGUCCAAACCGGGCGCCACGGCCAUGACAGCCAUUAUGACUUCGCUGUCUAUCUUCUGCGGUAUGACCAACAUGGCCACUGCUUCUCGGCAGUUGUUCGCAUUUGCACGAGACAAUGGUCUGCCAUUUGGCAAAUUCUUCCAGAAGGACCCACUUGGAUGGGAUAUCCCGCUCAAUGCUAUUAUUUUCACUGUCAUAGUGAGCUCAUUGCUUUCCCUCAUCAACAUCGGCAGCACGAUUGCAUUCAACCAAAUCACCUCACUUGGUCUCUGCGCGCUAUUAUCCAGCUACAUCGUCUCCAUUUCUUGCAUGGCUCUCAAAAGAAUACGUGGCGAGGCUUUGCUGCCUUCACACUUCCGUAUGGGAGCCCUUGGCCUGCCUAUCAACCUGCUCUCCUUAGCUUUUCUGGUGCUGGCAUACGUUUUCUGUUUCUUUCCGCCAACACCCAAGCCACCGCUUGACGGUAUGAACUGGAGUGUCGUCAUUUAUUUUGGGGUAUUGUUGUUUAGCCUGGUAUACUUUAUCUUCCGAGGAAGACACAAGUACGUAGGGCCGGUGGAAUACGUGAGAAAAAGUGCCUGA